AUUAAGAUAAUUAACCGAUUAUCUCUAUCUGGGAGUCCUCUCGCUGGACGGUGUGAUACUGGAGCAACAAACUACCACCCAUGUCCCUAGCCGUCGCUACUGAGAACGACGUGCUGGAUACGCCGGUUCUCGAUGCGGAACGGGCCAAUCUGCUGCAUCGUAUCACGGAGGAAGGCGGCUACGCUUACGUGGGAAUGGAGGCUCUAGCUGCUGGAGGCGAUGCGAGGGCGGCAGAAGCGGCGAGAGAAAUGGCCUGGGAGCAGCUGCACUCUGGUCCCUGGAAUUCGGUUCUCCCCAUUUGGAGGGAUGCGUACUCCAUUGCGUGUCUCCAUGUCGCAAGGCUCCAUUACGCCGCUGGAGAGUUCUGCCAGGCCAUUCAAGUUCUCGACAUGGGCAUCAUCAUGGGCGGAUUGACUCUUCGUGACGACUUUAAUCUCGCAGUACGAAAGGCAUCGAUGAAAGCGAAUGUUUCAAUAGAAGCUUCCCCGCCAAAGGAUCAACGGGAACAACCCAAUACAAUUGUUUCUCCAGAUUUACAUAUAGAGGAGGUAUCGCGGGUUUUGCCUGUAAAGUCACUCUCUUGUAAAAUGGUUGGAAAAAGGUCUGCAUUAUCCUUGGAGAGCUUCCUACAAGAUCAUUUUUUAGUUGGAUCACCUGUUGUUAUCAGAGAUUGCAUGGAUCAUUGGCCAGCCAAGGGCAAGUGGAAUGAUUUGAGCUACCUACGUAGUGUUGCUGGAUAUCGUACAGUACCAGUUGAGGUUGGAAAGAACUACUUGUGCUCAACAUGGAAGCAAGAGCUGAUCACAUUUUCUGAGCUUCUAGAGAGGAUUCAGAACAAUGGCUACACUUUUUCUGAAACCACAUACUUAGCUCAACAUCAAUUAUUUGAUCAGAUCCAAGAGCUGAAGCAUGACAUUCUUGUCCCCGAUUACUGUUGUGCUGGAGGUGGGGAAAUCAGAUCACUAAAUGCUUGGUUUGGCCCAGCUGGUACAGUGACACCAUUGCAUCAUGAUCCCCACCAUAAUAUACUUGCUCAGGUUGAUAUGAAGAAAAGAGAUUUGGAAUGUAGGUCAUGUGGUCUGUUGCACCUGAGUCAAUGACCCAGAUGAUCGCAAUCUUACUUUCAGGUGGUUGGAAAAAAGUAUGUAAGGCUUUACUCUUCUCGUCUCUCAGAAGAGCUUUACCCACACAUUGAGACCAUGCUCUGCAAUUCCAGCCAGGUGGAUCUGGACAAUAUAGAUGAAAGCCAAUUUCCAAAAAUGAUAGAUCUUGAGUUCCAAGAUUGCAUCUUAGAGGAAGGAGAGAUGCUUUACAUACCCCCAAAAUGGUGGCAUUAUGUACGCUCUGUCACUACAAGUUUUUCUGUUAGUUUUUGGUGGAGCAGCACUGAUGAUAAUAAUGCAUCAGAUACCUAAAUAUUUUCUUUAAUCACCUGUAGGCUUUUUGGUACACAAAGAUACAUCCGCAAAACAAUUUCACGGAAAGAUGCCAAUGUGGUUUUGGCUGUACCAUGCAUUGCCAUGAUAAACCCAGAACUGGUGUAGGAAUGUAUAAUCAAUACACUUUUGCCUAGGGAUGGACUCAGCUCGGGCCGGGCCUGCUCAUGGCGGGUUUGGGUACUACAAAAUUCAGGCCCGGUACCGGCCCGGUUUGUAUCGGUAUCGGUUCCGGUCCGGGUACCCGGCGGGGCCACAGUCCGGUCCCGGGCCGGGCUGGUCGGGAACAUUCCUUCUUUGUCCUUUCACCAUUUGAGAACGUCAAAGUCAUCCCCUUCUUCAUACUGACAAAGAAAUGUUAGAUAUAAUGAAAGCUCAUUAAUCAAUCUUUGUGCAACAACGAGAGUUGAUUUUUUUUCUUUAUAAGAUUACCAAAUGUAGAUUUGAAAAAUGAUUUUCCUUUAGAUGAAGAAGUAGUUGGUUUCGAGGGAGAGGGUGCAUUACCGUAAUGUGCAUGAAACUCAUUAAAUAUUUAAUGAAAUAAGUUACUAA